GAGGCGGUGGCGGGCGGCGGGUGGCCGCAGCCAGGUGCGCCCGGCCGGGGCCGCCGCUCCGCCACCCCGCUCCGCCCGCCGCCCUGCCCUGCCCGCCACCAUGACCGUCACACGGCUCGACCAGGGCCAGCGCCACCGGCCGCGGAUGGCCUUCCUGAAAAAGAUUGAAGCGCUUAUGAUGGAGAUGCAGAAUCCAGAUACAGGCAUCAAGACGCAGACGCAGAGGGUGAUGAUCACAAACAUCCCACAUGCUGUGGCAGGUAAUGAUAUAUUGCAGUGGAUUCACCAACGCUUGCAGAUCACCGAGGAAGAGGCGCUCCACCUGGGUGACCUGUUUGUCAAAUACGGGUACAUCUACCCUCUUCAGGAGCCAAAGAAUCUCACCCUUAAGACAGACGGCAGCCUGUACAGGUUUCAAACUCCCUAUUUCUGGCCUGCACAGAGCUGGCCUGCUGAUGACACAGACUAUGCAAUCUACCUAGCAAAGAAGAACAUUAAGAGGAAAGGGAUUUUAGAAGAAUAUGAAAAGGAACAUUACAACAUGCUCAAUCAAAAGAUAAACUACAAGUGGGAUUUUGUUAUUAUGCAGGCCAAAGAGCAGUAUAAGGCGGGAAAGGAGCGGAAGAAAGCAGACAGGUAUGCCCUGGACUGCCAGGAGAGAGCCUACUGGCUUGUGAACCGAACUCCCCCCGGCAUGCUAGAUGUCCUAGAGUAUGGAAUAGACCGCGUAACGGAUCCCAAUGAAAAUAAGGUAAACCAGAAAAAAACUAUGGAUGUUUAUAGGAGAGAGAUCAUGUACUAUCAGCAGGCCAUCAUGAAGUCCAGAGUGAAAUCUUCUGUCUCUCUCGGAGGGCUUGUGAAGUACUCAGAGCAGUUCCUCUCCAAUGACCCUAUCCUGUCUGGAUGUCUCCCCAGCAACCCCUGGAUAACAGAUGACCCUGAGUUCUGGGAUCUCAAUGCAAAGCUAGUGGAAGUCCCCACCAGAAUGCGCGUGGAGCGAUGGGCCUUCAAUUUCAGUGAGCUGAUACGAGACCCGAAAGGUCGGCAGAACUUCCAGCUCUUCCUGAAGAAGGAGUUCAGCGGAGAGAACCUGAGUUUCUGGGAAGCCUGUGAGGAUCUCAAGUAUGGAGACCAAUCCAAGGUCAAAGAAAAAGCAGAAGAAAUUUACAAGCUCUUCCUGGCUCCAGGAGCAAGGCGCUGGAUUAACAUUGAUGGCACAACAAUGGGCAUCACAGUCAAAGGCCUCAAGCACCCUCAUCGUUAUGUUUUAGAUGCUGCUCAGACCCACAUUUAUAUGCUGAUGAAAAAGGACUCCUAUGGCCGCUAUUUAAAGUCUCCAAUAUACAAGGAAAUGCUGGCCAAGGCUGUUGUGCCACAAGAGACUGUCAAAAAAAGCUCCACUUUCUCAUUCGGACGCCGCCACCUCCGCUCCAGCCCCAGCCCCGUCAUCCUGAGGCAGCAGGAGGAAGAGGCCAAAGCCAAAGAAGCGGCCACAACCGUGGACAUCACGCAGCCAUGCCACCUUGCCUCCCCGGCCCCUCACCUGGCUGUCUACGCUGGCACCGGCACCCUGCCAUGGCCGCCUGCCUGCCUGCCCCCCGGCCCCAGCAGCCUGUCUCCUGCCUCCCCCGGCCCCCCGGCCCUGCCCCACAGCACCGCCUGCCCCUCGCCCAUCAGCGUGGCCCUAGACAGCAUGGCAGGCGUUGAGAGGGACCCUGAGGGGACUGGCCCCAGCCCCUUCCCCUCCAGCAGCGGGAAGUCGCGUGCGGCCACCCUGUCCUUCGGCCGGUUCCUGAAGAGGGGCUGCUGGACCUCGCCCGUCCUGGCCACGCUCUCGCCCAAGUGCCCGGCCGUGCCCCACGGGAAGGUGCAGCCGCUGGGCGAGCGGGAGCAGCGGCUCCGGCCAGACACCAAGGCGGUGAGCAGCUUCUUCCAAAUAAAAAUGGAUGCUCCUUCGGAGAGCCGAAUCCACCCCAUAGACUCUGCGGAGGGAGAGGACAACCGCCACCAAGCUCGUAAGGACUCUGCAAAGGAGGUGAUCUGCCCUUGGGAGAGCCCCGUGGAAGAGGGAAGAGCUGGGUAACGAGCAGCCCAGACACGGACCCUCUUUCCGGGCCCGAGACCACGAGGUUUGCCAUGUGGUACAGUACAUGGGCCACGCUGUGGAAGAAGUGCAUCAGAGCCGUCCUUCAGCAUCGAGGAAAUUCAGAGUACCACACCUAUGAAUAACUGAAUGCCCAUCUGUUUGUAAUUCAAGAAUUUGAAGCAUUUCUGGGCUGGUUUUCUUCCCUAUCUUUGGUAUCUUCAGAUCUACUCAUUACAAACUCCUUGAUAAAUGAACCUCGUUUCUUGCCUUAGAGCAGAUGGAGAAUUUAUGUGUAUAUUUAUAUGCUGGGAAAUGGUGUCUUAUCUGAGUUACUUCCUCGGCCAUGAGGUGUCAGCACACUGUACCCAGCACAGCUGGAGCAGAGCUUGCAGGCGUUUUUCAGUGUAGGACUCAGACUCCAAUGCCACAGAUUGGGGCAUGUUUAUGUCCCCAGCUUGGGUCCAUCUCUUAUUAUUAAUGAGGAUUUCUUAAUUUUAAAGCAAGUUGAUUAAGAGACAGCUGAUUGCUGGGGAAAAGAAAGUAAACCCCUCCUGAGAAGCUGUGUACUGUAUGGCAUAGCAUCGUUCCUUAAUCCAAACCAAGAAUCACCCCAAAGAGCACGCAGUGCAGGAGAAGAGCAAAGGCUCCGCAGCGCAGCUGCACUAGCUCCAGUCUCCCUUUUGUGGCCCCUCAGUGCUGGGAUGGACUUUGAAACUGUGACUUGAACUGCUCCCCAGCAACACCUGGGAAGAUCCAAACUAAAUCUGUGUUUUAGGCCUCUCCAAGCUCAGAUCGAUGCAUUGCCACAGUCUUUAACUGUGUUGUUAUCAAAAGUGUUAGAAUGUCGCUUUCCUUAUGUCGUGUCAGUGUUUGAAGAUGGUUUUUUGUUCAAGUGCGGAGGGGGUUCCUAGGUGUGUGUGACGUGGAUCGUUAUUCCGUAAUUUGGCCGUGUAGCCUGUGAUGUCGCUAUUUUGUAUUUCUAAUUGUAAAUGGAGCUUUGCCUGUGUGGCUGACGUGGUGCAUCAUGCUGACUUCUACUGUGGGAUUUAUACUCUCUUCUCACACACGCUCGGUGGUCCCCAUUUCCCCCAAGUCCGGGAUGACGCUUGUAAUCACAGGGCAGUUUGGGAAAAUCAAGGAGCUGUUUCUGUUUCCAAAGACUCUUCCCCAGAGGAGCAGAAAGAUGCGCUGCCCCAAAGCAAAGGUGGGUGCUGCCUCACGCUGCCCACGGCGCUUCUCUUGUGCGAAUGAAUGUUUCCUUUUGCUGGCUUUGCUUUGUCGGGAGGAUCUGGUUCUGCUCUGGCAGUCAGUAGCGGUGGCCACCUAUUACUCAUGAGAGACAAACGUGGUCUCUUUUGUGAUUGUUUUCGUUAAUUAUUUUGUUAAGUAUUGUUACUCAGCAGCUCCUGACCGGAUACUGGUAACGUACAAUCCAGGAAACACAAUGGCAGGAAGACAUUGUGAUGUCUGAGAGUUAGUGAUAUUAUAUUUAAUAUUAUGUACAUAUUAUAAGAGUUAUCCUACUGCUAAUAUUUCUGUCAUUGAUUUGGGGUUCCUCUUGUGCACCUCUUUCUCCACGUUCCACUCCCGCAGCCACGGAUCAGCAGCGUGUGUCUGGGGCUGGGACGCGAGUCACGCUGUGUGGAGACAGUGAAUGCCAUCACGUGGAACCCGGUCAUCUGUGGUUUCCUCCUCUUCAGCACUGCCGGCAUGCACAGAGCCGGGGUGGGCACUCAACACCCGCUCCCCGGCCCGGUUUCCUCCCCACCUCGGCUCCACGUGCCCUCGGCUUGCUGAGGAAGACACGCGUCUUGUCCCAGUUUAGCAAGCUGACAAAUGCAUGCGUUCUCCACGACGAACUCGGGCACUUGGGGCUGUGCUGGCUCUCCGGUGGUGCACAUACGGGUGAUGGAAAGCUCAUGCUCUCUGGUGACCUGUUCUGCUCCUUAGGGGACAGAAUGUGAAGGUCUCCCCUUUUUGCCAAGGAAUUAAAUAGCGCAAUGGCAUCAUGCUCAUCCUCUAAGCCAGAGGAAGGACUUCAGCAUCCCGAACUGGCUGCUCUGUCAGGGCUUGGACACCCUGAUGCAAUUACAUCCAGACAGACAGGUACAUACGUGUCCCAGAGGCCAGCACUGGGGUUUCCCAACAUUUAUCCCUUCAGGGCACUGCCUUUUUGCCCCAAUAUCUUUCAACCUGAGGACUCCCUGGGGGGGACAGACCCCUGCAUCCUGCAUCUCAAGCCUGUGCCUUGCUUUCCUUCCUUCCUCCCUUCACCCGCAGACCUCCCAGGUGCCUGCUGACUGCGGGUUGCAAACUGCUGCUCCAGAGGCCCCGAAUCCCUCCUGCCACCGCACUGCGCUCGCAUGGUGACAUCUGACGAUCUCGCCCCCGCUGGAGGCCUGGCGUGCUGGAGUCGGGAGCGCUUUCAGCUCUCGCAGUUCAAAUCCCCUCGCUGUGCAGGAGCCCAUUUAACGCUGCCUGGAGUCACCUGGAGGAAUUAGCUCACUGCAGCAACUUAGACAUCCAAGGUAUUCCGAUAAUGUGAGGGAUGUGUAAGGUUAAUGACUGGAAAAAGUGAUCGCUCCCUGUGGGCAGUUUCUCAGAAAACUCCCCGCUGCUUGGCUGACAGAAGAAAGGAGACUCCAGCAGCAGCGAGGAAGCCCCGUGCCCUCGCCUCAGUGCCUCCGCUCUCCUGCCUCCCACGGCUGUGGGGGCUCACGGCUGGCACAGACUCACGGAGUGGCCACAGCUCCGCUCUGGCUCGUCGGUGCUGGAGGAGCUCCCCACACUCCAGCUCUGAGCUGAUGUGCUGCAGGAGGGGCCGCAAUGGUCAGACUUUGGAUAUUGAUUGAAUGAACCUGGAAGGAAGAUGCUUAAUUUGUCCUGUGGUUCUACAACGUGCUCCACUCCCACCUGUCAGGGUGGGCUCCGCCAACGUCCGUCCUUUGCUGGGGCUCAGGCUGACCCGCGGCUGCUGGGAUUUGUUUGCAUGCUCGCUCUGCAGCGGCGGGCCAGCCUGAAAAGCAAGAACAGCUUCUGGGGUUCCCCCAAGCCUCCAUGAGGGCUCUUCCCAGGCUGCCUCAGCCACCGACCUCCAGGGGACACUGUUGGGAUAGGAUGGGAGCGAGUCCCAUGCCGGGGAACCUCAGGCUCUUGCUGGAGCGCUGGGCAGGUGGUGGAUCCUGCGGCGUGGGCUGCCAGCUUUGGGGCGAGCCCUGCUCCGGCUGCGUGGCCCAGCUGCGGCUGGGGCUGCUCCGCGGCUCUGCCCCGGGGCCGGGGUACACCCCACGCUGCACCUGCCCUGCAGGGUGGUAGGAAAGGUGUAUGCCAGGGCAUGACCAGCGCAGCGAACCUGAUUAAAAUGUCCAAAUCAGAGAUCUGUUUUCCAGGUGAUCGGCAUCUCUUGAACCUCCCUUCAAGUCUGACACGUCGCUCUCUCUUUUCCGGCUGGGACAUACGGCCAAAGUGCCAGAAACACCGAGGGACUUUUUUUCUCUGAAGUCUUGGCCCGCGCAUUGCUCAAGUCUCAUUAAUUUAAAAAUGGAACAAAGAAUGCUCAGCAUCCAGCAGGAUCAGGCCUCAGGAGCAGGAAGUACCAGCUGGCUCAGGAGAGGGAUUGUUCCCAUGAGAUUCCCAGUGUGGUUUUGGCAGGCGGCAUGGUUGGGAUAGCUCUGUGAGCAGGCUCUUCCUGCCUGAAAUGCCAGCCGUGGCAGAACAGCUGACUCAGAGCAUGACAGCUCUUCACAGCAUCCCCUGGUGAAAGGAGCCGUCAGAAACGCUCCUGACACCGCUGCCUUUACGUUUUGUGAGGGUGGCUUGAAAGCCGAGACGUAAGCCGAGCCCACGUCAUGGUGCUCUUGGAAACGGUGCUCUGUGGGUGGAAUUCACCUCUGUGCAGGGGCUGCAUCGCGUUACAUCCUACUUAGGUCCCAGAAUAUGGUGUCGGUCGACCUGAAGUGGUUCAUGGUACAUUCACCCCAACAUCUGAAUAUCUGAAUUAUGAUAAAUAUGUUAUAAAAGAGUCACUGUGAAUUGGCUUUUUGGGGUGCGGGAGCCUCAGGGAUGCAGGAAGAGACCUGGUCACCCGGGGAAUCUUCCUCUUGCCACAAAGCAUAUGUUUUAUGCAUUUUGCAGUACGCCUGGCCCAGAAGAAGAGGUGAGCACCUCACAGGAUCCCUUUUAGAGUAGAGGUUCCCAAAUCUGUUCCGCGCAACACUAAAGAGGAAAAGAUAAGCUCUUGCAAGUCAGUUUACUUUUUAAAAUUCAUGUUGCCAUAGCAGCUUAGCACACUGUCUCAAGUCCUCCUUCUUGCAAAACUUUGAUCACCAUGAAAACAGAAUUAUGUUGUUCUCCAACAUGUUCUACAUAUAAAUGUAUCGAAGUUCCCAUAGUUCAUGCUUCAACAUCUCUGCAAAGACCUCUUUUAUUUCUCUCUCACAAAAAUUUUCUCUGGCCAAAGGAGAGUAUUUUAAAUCCUCGAGCUGCGUGGGGCUCACUCUUGGUGUAAAGCCGGCUCCUCAGCAUCUCCGUGGUCCUGCUGCUCAUGUUCCCAGCUGAGGUUCUGGUUCCAGUGGUUUCUCACACACUCCGGUACACCACAGCACUGAAGCCCAGCCACCAACUUCUGUCCCCAAAAUUGCAGGAGUAUCCUCCUCCCUUGGCUCUGCUCUUUGGCCAUCAGCCUAGUCUCUUCCCUGGAGUAUUAAAAGAGCACAAAUUCCCCUGAAACAUCUGUCCCUUUGCUGUUAUCCAGCAGAAGCACUGGGCUGCAUUUUCCCCACUCACCUCGAGUCCCAGCACCCUGGGUUCCCUCUGUCCCCAGGGAAGGAGUUGGUCACCCCUCUUAGGAUGGGAUGAAUCUACUUUGGAAAUGGUUUAUUUCCUCUGUAGGCUCCAGGGGACUAACUCAGGACUGGGCACAACUUUUGUAUGAGCAGGAUUUGGUGACAGCUUACAUAUGGGUGGGAUUACCUGACACCAGUGGCUUUAAUGAGAGUUAGUGCAUCCAGCAUGUUGUGUGUAGGCGCCUGCCGCAGCCCCUGGUACGGUGGUCUGACUCUUUGCAAGCUCUGCUCUUAGCCUUAGGAGACCUGCGUUUACUCUCGUUCUUACCCAAGUCGGGGCUGCCUCAUUCUUGCUCCUAAGCUUUCCCUCUGAUGCAUGUGCUGGGACCAAUGGAAAGAACUUUAAUAAACACCAACACUUUAAAUCCUGCUUAGAGCAAUCCUUUUGUUUCCAUCAGGUGUCCCAUUUUUCCAGCUGCAUUCAUGCUCGCAAUAUUGGAAAAGACAAAAAUAAAAAAAAAAGAAAUUAGGCUAGACGUAGACAAAUUUGCAGUAACAACCUACGCGGUCGUUUGGUUAAAGAGCACAUUACCCCAAGCUACCCUGUUGCUGUUGUUGUUCACAUGAA